CCCUCGGGCGGGCGCGCAGAGCUCCUGGAGCGGCCUCGGGGAAAGGGGGAGGCUGGAUCCAAUCCUUGUCUUUCACCUGGGCUGGAGUCCAGCCCCAAAAUAGCCGUCCAAAAACAAGAUCACAUGAGAGGAAAAAAAUAGCAAGGCGCAGGAUUAUCCAUCCACAGCUCCCGGUCCUAUGUGGGCUCCGCCGGGCCGGCUGCGGGAGCCGCUCGGGGCAGGGAGAGCCCGGCACAUCCCCGCUCACCUCCGGCCAGCGCACCUGCAGCCUGCUCGGCCUGCGGGAUGGCCGAGGGGGAAAUCUCCACCUUCAGCGCCCUGACGGAAAAAUUCGACCUCCCCUCGGGCAACUACAAGAAACCCAAACUGCUGUACUGCAGCAACGGGGGGCAUUUCCUGCGCAUCCUCCCCGACGGCACCGUGGAUGGCACCAGGGACCGCAGCGACCAGCACAUUCAGCUGCAGCUGAGCGCGGAGAGCGUGGGGGUGGUGCACAUCAGGAGCACGCAGUCGGGGCAGUACCUGGCCAUGGACACCAAGGGGCUGCUCUACGGCUCGUUACUGGGUGAGGAGUGUCUGUUCCUGGAAAGGCUCGAAGAAAACCAUUACAACACCUACGUCUCCAAACUGCACGCGGACAAGAACUGGUUUGUGGGGCUGAAGAAGAACGGGAACAGCAAGCUGGGCCCGCGGACUCACUACGGCCAGAAGGCGAUCCUCUUCCUGCCACUGCCCGUCUCAGCCGACUGAGACCCGGCCCCGAGGCUCAGAGAUGGCCCCAAAUCCCAAAUCCCGACUGCUGCUGCCUCCUUAGUGCUCAGCAGAGCUCCGAGCUUUAGGUCAAGGCUUUGCCAAAUCUAGCCAAAGCCCCUUUGUUCUGCACGAAGCUUUGCAGAGAUGAGGGGACGAGCCCUGACAUCCUCCCAAGGUCGGGGGGCCCCAUCUCCCCCUGCCCUCAGCCAUGUGCCCACGUGUGCCAUGACCCUCAGCCGUGUGCCAUGACCCUCAGCUGUGUGCCAUGACCCUCAGCCGUGUGCCAUGACCCUCAGCCGUGUGCCCACAUGUGCCAUGACCACGCUGCAGCUCCCAGGACCUGCCCUGGGCAGGCACUCAGAAAUGUGCCCAAGGAUCAUGCCGGUUCCCAUUUGUGUCCCCAGGCAUUCUAAGGCAAAACCUCCCCAGGUACUUGCUGUGUGUUAAUGUAUUUAUCCAUCCAGGUGUGUGGCUUCUGACAUGCCCUCGAGCAAUUCCAGAUUGCAGCACCAGUCCUGCUACCCAGGGCCAGCCUGGUAAGUGCCAGCUGGGCAUGUUAAGCUGGACCAGGCAAAGCUCCAUCCUCAGACCUUGGCCUCCCUCACAAUAUCAAUAGUGUGUAUUUCAUGCUAGUACCUGCCAUAUGUUAUUUGUAUUUAUUUAUUAAGUAAACAUGUCUCUUCUACAAGCUGUUCACAAGUAA